AAAGCCAAAAACCUCUCAGUCGGCCUCGGUCUCCUUCAAGGUCCUUGAACUCGGCGUUGUGUCUUUUGGUUGGUUGAAGAGAACCGGCGGCGUUUCUGAAUAGAGUAAGCUAAGCGUUUUUCGUCCUCUCCCCUGCAUCGCUUUCUUGCCUUGUUUGCUCUUGGCUCUGUUGGCACAGCUAUUUUUGGUGCCUUCUUGAGUUCCAGAGCAAACCAUUGGGUUCAGUUUUGCUUGCCCUCUCUCUGCUUCACUCGCCCCGACCGAGGCGCCUCUGCUGAAAUAUAAAGACCACAUUCUUUUCCAGAAAAAGCCGGUUCACAACUUUCUUUUUUGUAAUUAUAAAGUUAAUCAAGCCCCAUGGACAAUGAAUUGUAUGAAGAAGAAGGAGUGCCAUCUGGUCUCAUAACUGGCAUACAUCUAAAUGUUUCAACUCAGGAAGAUAUAGAGAAUAUAUCUGUUAAACAAAUUGAUGCAGUCACUGAGGUCACUGAUCCUAAGUUGGGACUUCCGAAUCCAUCUUUUCAGUGCUCUACUUGUGGUGCUGAAAAAUUAAAAUGCUGUGAAGGUCAUUUUGGGGAUAUCAAGUUUCCAUGCACGAUUCUCCAUCCCUAUUAUCUUUCGGAAGUUGCCCAAAUUUUAAACAAGAUUUGCCCAGGAUGUAAAUCUAUCAGGCAAAAUCUAAGGGCCAAGGUCAGUUACCGCACUCUUCAUGUUGAUCCUUGAGAUUGUCGAAUAAAUGGAAGUUCGAUAAAUUUUCCAAGAAUGAAAUUCAAAGUUUCUACGAGAGAGCUCUUUAAAAGAAGUGCAAUAAUUGCGGAAGCAAAUGGAAUAUUACCUGCUGACUAUUGGGACUUUAUUCCAAAAGAUGCACAGCAAGAUGAAAGUUGCAUGAAACCAAACAAAAGAGUUCUAUCUCACGCUCAGGUUCAUUAUUUGUUGAAGGAUGUUGAUCCAAAAUUCAUUGAAAAGAUUGUACCAAAGACAAACUCACUUUUUAUGGGUUCUUUCCUUGUAACUCCAAAUUGUCAUCGUGUGACAGAAGUUAUGCAUUCUUUUUCUAAUGGGCAGCGGUUGAUGUUUGAUGAACGGACCAGGGCUUAUAGAAAGCUUGUUGAUUUCAAAGGUGUAGCUAAUGAGUUGGGUUCUCGUGUUUUGGACUGCCUGAAAAUUUCCAAGCUAAACUCAGAAAAACCAAGCAAAGAUUUUAUUUCUGCUCAGCAAAAAAAUAUUAAAGACGAUCCUUCAAAAACAUCUGGCUUGAGAUGGAUCAAAGAUGUUGUUCUAGGGAAGCGAAGUGACCACUGUUUCCGCACAGUUGUUGUUGGUGAUCCAAACAUCAAGCUCAGUGAAAUUGGCAUACCAUGUCAAAUUGCAGAGAGGUUGCAGAUUUCUGAGAAUCUGAACAGAUGGAACAUCGAAAAGUUGGAUGCCUCCUGCAAUCUACGCCUUAUGGUGAAAGGUGAGAUGCAUGUGCGUAGAAAAGGUAGUCUGGUUUGGGUACGCCGAACAGAUGAAUUGCAGAUGGGAGAUACUAUUUACCGGCCUUUGAGUGAUGGAGAUAUUGUGCUGAUAAAUAGGCCUCCAUCAAUACAUCAACACUCCCUGAUAGCUUUAUCCGUCAAGAUCCUUCCAAUAACCUCUGUUGUAUCAAUAAACCCACUUUGUUGCUCUCCUUUUCGUGGUGAUUUUGAUGGUGAUUGCCUUCAUGGUUAUAUUCCUCAAUCAAAUGAUGCCAGAGUUGAGCUUCGAGAGCUUGUUGCUUUAGAUAAGCAAUUGAUUAAUGGGCAGAGUGGUAGGAACCUGCUCUCACUUAGUCAGGAUAGCUUAACUGCAGCCCAUUUGAUCAUGGAGGAUGGCACUCUCUUGAAUCUACUUGAAAUGCAACAGUUGGAAAUGUUCUGCUGGGAUGUACUGCCAUCACCAGCAGUUAUUAAAGCACCCUCACUUAAUAGCCAUGCUUGGACUGGAAAGCAAGUAUUCAGCAUGCUUCUACCUUCAGAUUUUGAUUACGAUUUUGCUUCAGAUGGUGUUUAUAUUAAAAAUGGGGAGCUGUUAUCUUCUGAAGGUUCUUCUUGGUUGCGAGACACAGGUGGCAAUCUUUUUCAGAGCCUUGUUAAUCAUUUCCAGGGUCAGGUACUUGACUUCUUGUUUGCUGCUCAGGAAGUUCUUUGUGAGUGGUUGUCAAUGAGGGGCUUGAGUGUCUCUCUCGCGGACCUGUACCUCGCUUCUGACUCAGGUUCAAGGAAUAAUUUGAUGGAGGAAAUUUCAUGUGGGUUGCAAGAAGCGGAACAGGCUUGUAUAUUUAAACAGUUGUUGGUGGAUAAUUGUCAGGAAUUUCUCAUGGGAUGUGCAGAAGAGAAUCGAAGUCCUCUGACUUUUGAUGCAGAAUACUUUUGUCAUGAGAAGCAGAAAUCUGCUGCCCUUAGUCAGGUUGUUCAUGAUGCUUUCAAGCACAUUUUUCGGGAUAUUCAAAGUUUAGCACACAAAUAUGCUGGUAAGGACAACUCUUUGCUGACUAUGCUGAAGGCUGGAAGCAAGGGUAAUUUGCAGAAAUUAGUUCAGCACAGUAUGUGCCUUGGUUUGCAACACUCACUGAUUCCAUUAUCAUUCAGAAUUCCCAACCAGCUCUCAUGUGCUGCAUGGAAUAAUCAAAAGGCAUGCAGUUUAAUUCAGAAGGUUGAGGGAACUUAUGAAUGUGUUGAGUCCUACAUCCCAUCUGCCGUGGUUGAAAGCUCUUUCUUGACAGGCUUAAAUCCGUUAGAAUGUUUUGUUCAUUCCGUAACAAGUCGAGAUAGUUCUUUUAGUGGUAAUGCUGAUCUUCCAGGGACUUUGACUCGAAAGCUAAUGUUUUUAAUGCGGGAUUUGUACACAGCUUAUGAUGGAACGGUGAGAAAUGCAUAUGGGAACCAGCUUGUUCAGUUCUCCUAUGAUAUUGAUAUGGACAAAUCAGAUAGCACCAGUACCUCAUAUGCCAAGAGUACUACUGCUUGUGAUGGUAUAGGUGGCCAACCUGUCGGCUCAUUGUCUGCUUGUGCCCUAUCUGAAGCUGCAUACAGUGCUUUAGAUCAACCAGUUAGUCUUCUUGAAACUUCUCCACUGCUAAAUCUGAAGAACAUCUUGGAAUGUGGUUCAAAGAAAAGUAGUGCUAAGCAAACUAUGUCUCUAUUUUUAUCCGAGAAGCUUGGAAGACGGAGGCAUGGUUUUGAGUAUGGAGCCUUAGAAGUGAAGAAUCAUUUGGUGGGACUGACAUUUUCCGACAUUGUUUCUACUGUCAUGAUAAUCUUCUCCUCACAAAAUAAUAGCCAAAAGCGUUUCAGCCCAUGGGUUACCCACUUUCAUAUAUGCAAGGAAAUUGUGAGGAAAAGGAGGCUGAAGGUGCAUUCCGUUGUUGAUUCCCUUUAUGCAAGGUGCAAUUCAGCCAGACCUGAAUUAAAAGUUGUUCUUCGCAGUUUGCUGAUUACAAGCAAGGGUUGUUCUGCGGCUCAGACAUGCAAUGGAGAUGACGAUACAUUUUGCAUCACUGUCACUAUGCCUGAAAACUCCAAAAAUUCUUCUGAACAGCUGGAUAUAGCUCGAGACUUGGUGAUACCUUUCCUUCUUGGAACAGUUGUUAAAGGAUUCCUGGAGGUGAAAAAGGUGGAUAUUUUAUGGAAUGACCACCCCAGGGAAUCAAAAAAGAUUCAUGGUUCUUCUGGUGAACUCUACUUAAGGGUUUCUAUGUCGGGAAAGACUGGCAGGAGAAGGCUUUGGAGUAUGCUUAUGGAUAACUGUCUCCAGAUUAUGAAUUUGAUUGAUUGGUCACGAAGUCAUCCAGAUAAUGUCCAUGAUUAUUGUAUAGCGUAUGGAAUAGAUGCUGGGUGGAAAUAUUUUCUCAAUAAUUUAGAGACCGCAGCCAAUGACAUUGGAAAGGACAUACUUCCUCAACAUUUGAUUCUUGUAGCUGAUUGUUUGUCAGCAACCGGCGAGUUUGUUGGGUUGAAUGCCAAAGGCAUUGCCCAACAGAAAGGACACGCAUCUGUAUCCUCGCCAUUCGUACAAGCGUGUUUUUCAAGUCCUGGUGCUUGCUUUAUAAAAGCUGCCAAGGGUGGAGUUGUGGAUGAACUUCAUGGGAGUGUGGAAGCAUUGGCAUGGGGAAAUACUCCUCCUUCAGGGACUGGCAGACAGUUCGACAUAUUAUAUUCUAAGGAGGGACUCAAUCUAUCAAAGCCAUUAAAUCCUUACGACCUACUGGGCAGCCAAAUUAGUUCCAGUAGUGAGAAUGCAUUUGAGACGUCUAAAGCUUGGAACAAUAAUACACUAGACAAAUGUGAUGUAACAUCUAUUGGGCUUGAGAAGUCAGAGAACGUCUUCAAAUCAGUCAUAAGAAAGUAUUUGACUAUCAACGAUAUUCAGAAGUGGACUCAGACAUUGAAGCGUAUUUUGCGCAAGUAUGACAUCAAUGAAAGUUUAACUGAAGGGGACAAGUCAAUCUUGAAGAUGGCAUUACAUUUUCAUCCUCACAAAGUUGAUAAGAUGGGAAGUGGAGUUCAAGACAUAAAGGUACAUUAUAUUGAAAAAAGAAAACAUGAGAAUGCACGUUGCUUUAUGUUGGUACGAAUAGACAGGACAGAAGAAGAUUUUUCGUACCACAAAUGUGUACUGGGUGCUCUCGAGAUUGUAGCUCCUGAAAGGGCGAAAAGCUACCGGUCAAAAUGGAUGAACCAUUUACCUGAGUAAGCUGGUUCUUAUGCAUGUAUAUGUUCUGGUGUCCAAGCAUGUACAGUGGGUGUAGAUUGGGGAAAUAAGGUCUUCAAAAUGGACCAUUGAUGUGAAGUCAUCUUGAUUUACCUGUGGAUUGUAGAAUCUGAAGCCUGCUUUCUACCUUAGGUAAUUUUGGUUCAAGGUUAGGUUGUUGGGCAGCUGACUGAUAAAGUUAGUAUACAUGAAGUUUGCUUCUCUAACUAUACAACGGGCAGUGACUCAUCUCAGAGAGACAGUGUUUGGAGUUCUCGUACCUUAUCAAAGCUGUACAACUUGUAAAAAACCAGAAUAUUUUGAGCUUGACAAAGUCAGCCAAUUUUUUUUUAGGGUUCUUGCAAUAAGUGUCCUUUUGUAGUUUCUCUUACCUAGCUUAGUCUCUCCAAUGCUUUAUGCUUCCUUUUGCUACUUCUACUGGAACUUGUUUGCCUUUAUUACACCAGGCAGAAAAGCUCCAGUGGAAGUAGCAAGGGGAAGCUGGCAUUGGUCAGCCCCUUUUCUUGACGUAGUUUGAUAAAAGAAUGAUGUUGUGACAAAUUAAUAA